ACACACACACACACAACACAACGAGGAGUACCAUUCUGUCCUCAGUGAGCCCACCAAGUCUCUUCUCUUCAGAUCAGACAUAGAGAUCAGGACAUAUCUCCUUCGGGAAAUCUUUGAUGCUAUUUGGAACACUUGGACCAGAUUCUUCUUCAGACUGGACUCGACAUCCAGACGCAGUCUAGAGUUUGGGACUACAGAUACAUGCUCUGUUCUGUUGGAUUGGAAUUGGACCUGAUUUCUUUCUCAGACGUACAGUAUCUAUGGUCUGGAGUGGACAUAUACACUUCUGUCCUCUUGGAUUCUAUUGGAAUUGCAGACUCCCUCUUUAGGAGAAAGAGUAUUUAUUGGAUUCUGCUCUAACCCACUAGACUAGAAUCUUCCAAGAAGACUUACUCCCCUUGUGUUUUUGGAUUCUGUUGGAGAAGAUAUACUUCUUGGACUGUCUCUAACCAUAUUAUCCGGCUCUGAAUGCUGAAGCUAGUCGCUGACUCCAGGAAGGGAGGAGGUGGAGGAGGGAUUGGAGGGUGUGAGAUGCUCCCCUCACGCCCAAGUCUGUCUGUCUCCCUGCGGGUGAUUAUAUAUGGGACGUGUGCCUUGGCACUGGUCAACACUGUGGCUCUCCUGGUGCUCCUGGUGCAACAGAACCAGCUGUGGAGCCGUGUGGAGCUCACCGAGGCCAGGCUGGAGGAGGUGGAACAGAGCUCCGUGGUGGAGUUCCUCCAGGAGGUGCCCCGAGGAGGUGUAACAGCAGGAGGCGCAGGGAGGCUGGCGGAGCUAAGAGGAGGCCCAGGGUGGCUGGCAGGGCUGCGUGGAGGAGGUGCAGGAGGAGGUGAACGGGGUCUGGGGAAAGAGCAGAGGGAGCAGGGGGAGUACCAGUACUCCCGUAACAAGAGGAGUCGUGAGCUGGAGAGGGAGAUACGACAGGAGUUAAAGGAGGAGCUGAGGCUAGAGCUGAGGGAGCUGAACCAUCAGGAGAGACUGGAACUCCUGCAGGAGGUGACCCAGGGGCUACAUCAGGGGCAGGAGGUGACCCAGGGGCUACAUCAGGGGCAGGAGGUGACUCAGGGGCUACAUCAGGGGCAGGAGGUGACCCAGGGGCUACAUCAGGGGCAGGAGGUGACCCAGGGGCUACAUCAGGGGCAGGAAAUGGGGCGAGGUGGGCUGGACACAGGAGAGGAGGUACACCACAGGUUGAGGGAAAAGAUGGACAAGGAGAUAGACAAGAAGAUGGACAAGGAGAUGGACAAGGAGAUAGACAAGGAGAUGGGGAAGGAGAUGGGGAAGGAGAUGGGGAAGAAGAUGAGACAUGAGCUGAACCACAAACACAGGAAGACAAAGGGCUUCCAGAAGACUGAGAUACAGGACGACAUGAUGAUGAUGAUGACCUAUUCUAUGGUGCCGGUCAAAGUGUUGUUGGAUAUCUGUAACAGCACCAAGGGAGUCUGCAUAGCUGGACCACCUGGACCUCCUGGACCCCCUGGGCUACCUGGCCUGCAUGGUCUGCCUGGGCACAAUGGCACUGAUGGCAUCCCAGGACUAGAUGGACUGCCUGGGGCUGAUGGAAAACGAGGGAAGAGAGGUGAGAAAGGUGAGCCAGGGGAGAAAGGAGACAGAGGAGACCCUGGACCCGCAGGAGAAAAUACACAAUCGUCCAACGAUGUCAUCUUGGAGGGCCCCCCAGGUCCGGCUGGUCCUCCUGGUACUCCAGGCCCCAUUGGCCCUCCUGGACCUCCUGGCCCACAAGGACCCCAGGGGCCCCCCAGAAACAGGAGUCACCGGGCCAAUCUUCCCAUCCACGCUGCCCAGACCCUGGAUCCAUCACAUGCUGUACCAAACGAUGGGACUCUGUCUGCCAAAGAGGCUGGGAAGUUACAAGAGAUACCACUAAAUAAGAAAAAUGAGUGCAUCAUCAAGUCACUGAUCAACCCCCGUAACAUAUCUAAGAUGGAGAGUACGUUCGGAACGUGGAUGGAAGACACGGCUGUGCUGAACGACAAACGCAUCUGGGUGGCCGAACAUUUCUCUGGUCGCACGGUGAAGGAGUAUAAGAGCAUCGCCUCAUUCCAGAAUGCCACCAGUGAGGUCAUUGAUGGCAGGAAGUUCUACCAGGGGUGUGGCCAUGCCGUUCAUAACGGAUCCUUCUACUAUCACAUCGCUGGAACCACCAACCUGGCCAGGUUCGACCUGCAGUCCAAGCGUCUCCACACCCUGGCCAUCGACAAUGCUCUGUACCACAACCUGUCCUACCUUCUCUACAACUCCAAGACCUACUUCAAGCUGGCGGCGGAUGAGAACGGCCUGUGGCUCAUCUUUGCCUCCAGUCUGGACGACAGCAUUAUGGUGGCCCAGCUGGACCUGAAGAGCUUCUCUGUCACAUCGUACAUCAACACCACCUACCCCAGGACCAAGGCCGGCAACGCCUUCGUGGCCUGUGGCGUACUCUACGUCACCGACACCAAGGACACCCGUGUGACCUUCGCCUUCGACCUCCUGAAGGGGAAACCGGUCAACGUGACCUUUGAACUGAGGUCCCCUGGCGGGGUGCUGGCCAUGCUGUCCUAUAGCCCCAAUAACAGACACCUGUAUGUGUGGGAUCAGAGCUACGUGAAGCUGUAUGUGGUGCACUUCAUCUCUGAUGACUGAGACAGUGUUUUGACAGUAUUCUGAGGGUGUUUUGACAGUAUUCAGAUGGUAUUUUAAUGGUAUUCUGAUUAAAGAUGGCCAGCUUUUUAAAUUGCUUAAUUAAAGAUGAACAGCAAUCGUGAAUAUUAUGGCUAUGUUUUAUUUAUAAUAUGUACGUGUUGUCUUUAGUUUUAUGCCAUCUCAACAAGGACUCUUUUCCAAUGGCCUUUUGGGACUGCUGGCUGGGAUAAAAAACCUUUAUGUGAGUGCUGUUCAAAUAUUUGUUUCAAUUGGAUUACAGCUUCCAAAGAUGCACAUACUGUACCUUUUCCAAUGUAGAGUUGAACUGAAUAAGGGCUUAUCAGAGUAGGAAGUAGAUCAUUAUAAUAGAAUUGUUAUAGUCUAUAUUGUAUUGUGGCGAUGGUUUAAACAGUAAAAUAAUUGCUGUACUGUUUUCCAUGUUUUUCCAUUUGAGAUCGUGGAAUUCUCUUUUUGUAAGGAUACUUAUUAACCACUUGACUUGUUAUAUUGUUUUUAUGUCUCUCACUUGUAUAUUAUAUUUAUUUGGUAAAUGUAACUCUUUAAGGUCUACCCUGAAAACAUGGCUUUUUGUGGAGAUAAUACUAUUUAUAGCUGUAAAGUCCUUACUAGACUUUCCCUGUGACUGCAUGACAAAAUAUGUAUCAGAAAUGUGUUUCCAUAUUUACUUGGAUCCUACCAUGACCAGCAUCCCUUGGAGAGCAAAAUGUUUUAAAAAGACCUAUAUUGGAAAUCUGUACAUAUGUUUAUUCCCGACAAUGAUAUUUGCUGCUGCGUGGUCUCUACUGAUUAUCAUGUCUAGAGAGAGAAAUACAGAAACCUGAUGAAAUAAAAAUGAUUUAUUCAACUUACAAAGGUAGAACUUU